AUGAGUGCUUUCAGAGCAUUCAAAGCGAAUGUUCCUGUUGCGUGGAGCCCUAAUCUGUACAUAACGCUGGUGAGGGGAAUCCCGGGAACAAGGAGGCUCCACCGCCGCACGUUGGAGGCCUUGCGCCUAACCAAGUGCAACCGUACUGUCACCCACACCAACACUCCCUCUCUCCGGGGAAUGCUUCAGCAGGUGAAGAGAUUGGUGGUGGUUGAGACGGAGGAAAUGUACGAUGCUCGGAAGGAGAAAGAGGCUAAGGAUCGGGCCCUGCGCCCGCCAUUGGUUGUCGAUCACCAUCAACCUCCUGCUAGUGAAUUUUAA